AUGGAUACUUGCGUGAAACGGGUGGCUAUCUUGAUGGUUUUUACAUCAGUUGUACUUUUUCAAGGUGCGUAUUGAAUAUUAUCACUUCCUUUGGUGCACUGUUUUAUUUAUAACAGAUGUUUAGCGUGUACUUGCCCGCGCGCUCUUCUUGCAACCACUUUGUGAUUAUAAAAAAAACUGAAAAGGUAAGAAAUCUUAAAAAUAAUAAACAGGCGUGACACGUCAAACAUAUUUUAAACUUUUAUAAAAAUAAAAAACCUUAAUACUGAUCAUGAAGCUUGAAUUGUUCAUUCUAAGCGACACAGGGUGUACGUGUAGCAUACGAAAUAAGCUGUAAACUUUUGUAUGUUAAAAUACGUCGUCAGCAUUUGUAAUAUAAAGCGUAUGGCCGUAAAUACUUGUCUUUUGUUAUUCUUUGCUUAAGGUAAAUCUAUAUUUUGAUAUUUAAAGAUUUUCCUUGCUUAGUUGUUGUUCAAUUGGUCCGUUUGUUAUACUGAACUGAAUGUUAAACCGUCAUUACUGAUAUGUGAUCAUCCAUGGUCUUGCCAGUGAAGAGCCGUGGGCAUCGUUUUCACAUCAUUCAUAAGCCUGUUUAGAUCAUUUUUGUAAACUGUUACCUGUUACCUGUUUUUAAAAAUGGAAAUGAUCGGAAAUAGAACAUAAAGUACAUGUACUGAUGUGGAUCUGAUGUCCAGAUGUACAUUCAAAAAAUACCUGUAGCUUUGAAGAAUUAUGAUCAGUGUUGGGAGUAAAGAUUACUUUUGAAUUUAUGUUUUAAGUCUGUGAUAAAUUUGUCAUUGAAAAUCCUUUCGUUAUCUUUAGAAAAGUUACUAAAAGGUGAAUGUUUGAGAUUGUUAUCACCUGUUCAAGCUGAGAGUAAUAUCUUUUUUUGGAGUUGAUAGCCUCUGUAGAACAAAAACUUGAAAAGUAUUUUGUUUUGUUUUGUUUUGUUUUUUUUUGUCCUGAAUUUAAAACCUCGGGUGACCCAAAAACACUGCCCCCCAGUCCAUGGAUCCCCCUAUGGACCUGGUCCACGGACCACUGUACGGACCGGUCUGCGGACCCCCCCUUUAUGAGCCUCCCAUAAAGACAAUAAUAAAAAUGACAAUUAGAGAUUUGGCUUACCGUUUGUUUUGUUUUGUUUUUUGUUAUUGUUGCCUCCUUCACUGUGGUGAUGAAAGGAGGACCUGUGUACUUCGAAAAAGACCGAUAACUUAGCUAACUUGUGUAGUCGCUGCCGGCCUCCAAUUGCCUCCGCCAUUUUGUUUGGUUCAAUGCUCCUCAUGUUCAGUGACUCGUCCCAGACUUCAAAAAUACGACACAGUAUCUCCCUUUUUCUCUCUCAGGAAUUAAUACCUCAAGACAGCAUUUUCGUAGUAUCCAUAGGGAGAUUUUCCCAGUUUGGCCGGGUGUCUUGAAAAAAAGGACCCCCUAAGACCCUCCACCGAAUGGCUCUAAACUUUAUUGAUUAAGGUUAAUCAACUAUCAGGUCAGUUUGUCCAGUAUAAUGACUUGAAUGGAACUUGAUUCAGUCAGUUUCCUAACCCGAACAGGGUGUUUACAGCUUGCCAUUCAGGCAAGCUGAAGCUAGCAUUUACUAGCCCAGACGUCAUUUCAACUAGCCCCAAAAACUUUUUGACGAGCAGAAUUGAUUUCACAGUUCUUCUGUUAUUCAAAUUCCUUAAAAAUCAUCACUCUCGCCAGUCGUGCAAGUUAAAAACAGAAUUCACUAGCCAGAUAGCAAAAUCCACUAGCCUCAGGCUAUCUGACACUACUUUCUUUGCACACUGCCUAAUCAAUAAAGUUCAGAAGUUCAGAGUCGUUGGUGGGGGGUCUUGGGGGGUCUUUGUUUUCAAGACACCCAGUUUGGCCUGUGUACAUCAGUGGUGUGGAAGUGAGUGCAUGCCAAAAGAGACUUUUGAUCACAGCACAUUUCAGCAGGAACAGGAAUAUCAUAAAAAUAUCAUAUUAUAUGUCGUUUUCAUAUUAGGCAGUGGACUCUCUCGAGUUCUGGGCCAGCAAGUGUGAGUGAACAAGUGAAACAUAUGAAUGCCUAAGUGCCCACAAUACUGUCUUGUUUCUUCACUACAUGUAUCACAAGUAAAAAGGAAAAAAAUUACAAGAUUAAUCCUUAUCGGUUUGGAAAUAUGAGAACUUUGCAUAGUUGUUUUGGACGUUACACAUGCAUAUUCUUCCUUAUGCAGGUGCAGCAUCUGACCAAAAUGUCACUCAACCAACUAGCAAAGUAAAUGCUACAAUGACACCAACCCAACCACCAACCACAAACAAACCCAGCGGCAAUGAAUCUUUUAAUGAAACAGUUACAUCAUCUACACCAACCUCUGAGAGUGUAGAAUCUGUGAAACAGCCAGACACACAUGGUCUGUUGCAAAGAUCAUUGUAUGUGGUAAGUGAAUUAACAAAACCCUUUGGGUCUCUUAUUUAAACAAAGUCUAACUUCGGCCAUGGUUUAAGAAAUCAUUGGAUCUCCACAGUGGGUUCUUAUUAAGUGCCGGCAGCUUUGAAGUCUGAGCCAUCUUCUUUUGGCGGAAAAUGGGUUAAGUGAGGGAGUGAAAAUUUCAAAUUGCCCACAGAGCUCAAUUGCCAAGAACACUGCCUAUAGAUCUGUUUUUUCUUGGGUUAAUUUAAGGAAAUAAGUGCUUUCCAGUCUAUUCCUAUAUGCAUUAAUGCAAUUAUUCAUCCUAAACAUUGGUGUUCAGAUAAAAGCAUUAGCUGGGCAAACUGAAAAUGGCUUUGAAUGUGGUUUUGUUGAACAUGGACUAAACUCCGUUUUAAAUAUCUGGCCCUUUCCCUCUUUCUCUAGCUUUCUUUUAACCUCUGUUGAUCAAAAUUUAAAACUUAUUCUUGUCACAAAGUAUUUUUAUAAUCAUCCACAGAGAGCACAGUCACCUUAUACAGUACAUGUAAUGCUACUUGUUUAUUCCAAUUUAUUAAAACUGGGUCUUUCUUCAUUUGUCUUGGAAAGGAUUUGCAUCCAUUCAAGGGUGGUUUCUCCAUCUAGUUUUUUUUAAAAAACAACCACCACCUUGAGUGGGUUACUGAAGUAGACACUUUUAUGUGAACUCUCCCGGAUUAUGCAGGUGUCUCCUGAACAUGCCACCAAUCUCCCAGAUAAAAUCAACUUCAUAGCGUUUCUGUGUGAAGAAGGCGGAAGGCAAUUGCUCUCACCACUACACCAUCCCUGCUUCCCAAAAUUCUUUUCCAGACCUUAGGCAAAGGGGUUCUUGAGUGAUGCACAUUAACUGGACAUAGACUUCUAGCAUUCUUGGGUAGUACAUGCAGUUUUCCCAAAUUCUCAAGCAAAUUGUCUCUGUAAGAGAAAAGACUCUCACUAGAAAUAAGAAUUUUGCUAGCAUUAAUUAGAGUUGAUACAUAUAGAGUAUUAAAAGGGAAAAGGCCUUAUCUUUAAUUGGCAUCAAGUUGCUAGAAAAUACGUUUGUGUAAGUUCCUUAUUGUAAGAAUGUGUGUGCCCACCUGAAUAAGAACAACAUACAAUCAUGAAUGUUAUCACUUAUAGUACAUAGUACGCUAGACAAAACUGUUCUGGAUUGAUGUUGUAGUUAAUUUUUUAACUCAGGUAAUUUUUGUUUUUCUUUUGUUUUUGGGUAUGGUAAUUUAUGCUAACGAAGUUGAAACAAAGGAAAAUAAAAAUUACCAGAGAUAAAAAAUUAACUACAAUAUUGACGUUGAUUUUGCAUACCUUUGUGAUUUCAUUACUAAGUUUGGAUAUGCUGUAACACAAGUCCCCCUUGCUUGAUCAACAUGAAAACAUUUCUCCGCGUGUGUAAUGGCAUAAAGUUCAAAAGAGAAAAAUAUAAAAUUGAGGUUCUUUGGCUUGUUUUAUUUUUGUAUGGUAAAAUGUCAAUCCAGAACAGUUUUGUCCAGUGUACUAACUAUUUUUAUGGUUCUUUUUAGGCUGUUGGAAUCAGUGCACUUGUUGUAAUCUACUUUAUUGUGCGUGCGGUUAAAACAAGAGGGAGAAGAAAAGCCAAAAAGUAUGUCUUAUUCAUUUUAGAACAAAGCUCACAGAAAUUUGUUAGUCACAUGUUUUUUUAGUGUGAUAUUCACUGGAAGCUGCACUGUUUUUUGACAGAAUUUAAGAAAAUAUCAGUUUGUACUUGUAAAUAAUUGUUUUGGUUCCAUAUAUAUCCUUUGUGUGAUUUUUACUUACUUUUGAUUAGGGUAUGGUAAUGUGCAGUAAUGAGUCUGAAACAUUUUUCAAAAUGAAAUUUAAGCCAAUUUAACCUUAAUAUACACAGGUCUGUAUUUUAGCGUAACAUAUCUGGAGCCAUUUUAGCAUAAUACCAGCAUCAUUACUCUUAUUUUAUUUAGUUUUUUUAUUCAUUUUGAUAAUCAGAUGGUGUAUUGCUUUUCUGAAAAAUGUGUUUUAAUUUUUCCAGCCAAUACUACAUAGAUAAGUGACAUAGGGUGUCAUUUACCUUACUAAGUCAGGCCUGCAAGGUGCUAACAUUUCCUUUCAAAAUCAAUUAUCAAAGACUAUGUAGGACUUUUAAUGUUUUAUUUUGAUACAUGUAGUAGGAGAAGGAAAAACGUCCAGUGUCAUUAGGCAGAUACAGUCAACUCUUGCGUUGUUGACACCACGCUAUGAUGGACACCACAAUAAAAUGGACAGUAGCUAAAUACCUGGCAAAAACAAAUUAAAGACGUUUGACUGAAAUAAAAUCCUGCUAUUACGGACUCUCGCUAAUGAGGACACUAACUCAAAAUCCCAACGGUGUCCAUAAUAAAGGGAGUCAACUCUACUAGGUACUGGAUUCCAGUCUUUGUAAGUGGAACUUGGAUUCUGGAUUCCUUGAGCUGUAUUUCAGAUUCCGAUGUCCAGGAUUCUGAUUUUGCAACCAAAAAUUACCCAGAUUCUGGAAUCUGGAUUCCCUUACAUGAGGCGAAUUAGGAGUAUAACACCUUCAGCUGGGCUUAAUACCAAAUAGUUUCACUGGUAAUACUUGAUUUUCAAGCAUAAUCCCCUAGAUCUUGAAUAGGAACCAAGGUGAAUUGCUUUGUGGUGUGCUAUCACAUAAGCGUGAAUCUGUGAUUGUAAUAAUAAUAAUAAUGAUGAAGGUCUUUAUUAAUAAUUCAUUGCGCAAACAGAUGUGCAGCAAAUUACAUAGCAAUAGAAUGAAUAAAAGAAAGCAAAAAAAUACAUAAGGAAAACGACUAAAUAAAUAUUAGUUACUAUUAAAGAGACAUCUAUUAACAAAAACUGAUUAUUUAUUAUUACUUUCUGUUAGGUAUGGUGUUAUUCAUGGAACCGGUUCAGCGGAAUUGCAGCCUCUAGACAAAGCUACAGAAGAAGAAGAGGAAGAAGAAGACAUGACACUUUUUGACCGGAAAGACACUAAGUGGCCAAGAUAA